UUUGGAAAGGGAGCAAACACACGUCAAAGCAGAAAAAAAAUAUAGAGAGAGCUAAGAUGUGAAAAUCUCUAUAUGUUGAUGGAUCAAACAGAAGAAAGACAAAAGUUUCAACACAGCCUGAAAGGAGGAGGGGAGACACAGAGAGAAGAGAAAUAUCUGGAGACAAGGUGAAGAAGAAGAGUAGGAAAGAAAAGGUGGAAUAGGGAUUCCUGUGGAUGUCUCAGUCAUGAAGCUGAACUCGAUACUUGCCUUCUUUCUCCUUAUUUACCCAUAUGCAGCCAUGGGAGGCAGAGCUCUGCGGAGACAGAGAGAAGCUGAAGAGAGGCUGACGCCAUACAUUGGUAGAGUGGACCCCGAAAAGCUUUGUGAGCUGCUCAGAUGCCACAGUCCCGUUGGAUCUUGGUGCCAAGUACAGGAAAAGGGAAUUCUCACACCCAAGUGUGUUUGUCCGCAGUCAUGUCCACGGCAGAGGGCGCCAGUGUGCAGUGUUCUGGGAAAGACCUAUGGGAAUGAGUGUUUGCUUCACAAAGAAGCCUGUAGGAAGAGGCGCCGCACUGGAGUGGCUCACUCAGGACCCUGUUUGGUCCUCAAGAGUGAAUGCAACAAGGAAGAGCUGGGCCAGUUUCCAUAUCGUCUCCUGGACUGGUUUCUUCUCCUGAGGCGAAUGAGGGAGGCGUACACACCUGCAGCUCUGCCACAAACCUGUCUCAGCCACGCCGAGAGGACGCAGCUGGCAAAGGAAAGCUUUACUUUACUGGACAAGAACAAAGACGGAAAGCUGAGCAGGAGGGAUCUGAAGAAGCUAUAUUACAAGAAGAUGCCUUCGGAGCGUUGUGCUACACCAUUCUUCCUGUCUUGUGAUCGCGACAAGAACAAGAAAGUCACUGUGAAAGAGUGGACAGCCUGUCUGGUGGAUCGUUCCGAGGCCUGGUUUUAUCAUUUCAUGUCAAUGAAAAUGGGCUCUCACCAGCUGUGUCCUACUGUCAAACAAGAACUCCUGCAUCUCUUUUGAACUUGCAUCAGUACAGCAACCUGAUUAAAUAAAAAAUAACUGUUUCUCUGCAAA